UUUUUUUUUUUUCUUCUUUCUGUUUUUUUUUGUUGUAUUUUUCUUCUUCUCUAUAUAUAUAUUAUAUAUCAUGCCACAUAAAAAUGCCUAUGAACCCAAAGAUGCAAGGAUUAUGAGCUAUUAUGAAGAUGACGAAGUUGACGACGAGAUUGCCGAACUUAGUGCAUCUAACUCCCGUAAAAAGAAGACAACUGGUACUCAAGCUUUGGCUGAAUUCUUAUCUACCACUAGUCCUGAAGAAUUUCAACGAAACUCACACCAACACCAACAACAAGCAUUAACGGCUUCUUCCUCAAAUUCACCACCUACAGAACCUUCUUCCACCAACUUUUUCAAACUUCGAAAAAGUAAAAGGUCUUUGAUCAGUCGUAAUGAAAGCAACGAUUUUGUCGACUCGUCCAUAGUCUCCAGUACCACUACUCUUACAAAUCCAGCAUCAAUGUCCACCUUUUCAAGUAUACAAAGUGCUCCUAGUACAGUACAUCGAAAGAAUUAUAUUGAAAUUGUUCCCAAAGUGCCACCAACACCAUCACAGCAACAACAACAACAGCAAUAUUCGUCUGGUAGUGAUUUUAUACCUCGAGGUGAUCAUCCUUCUUCACCAAUGUUACCUCAAAUGGGUCAACACAAGAAACGAGAUUCGAGUUUAUAUAGUGGAUCACUUCGACAUUCAGCUAGUAUCAGGAGUCAACUCAGUGGAAUGGGGGGUACAACAGGACGCAUGGUAGGACGAUCAUUGAUACGACAAGAUACUACAACCACAUUAUCCACUAUGGCAAGUGGACAUACUACUCAUAGUAAUUGGAAACAAUAUCCUUUUGUUAUGACAACAAAGAACAACACCAACAAUAAUAAUAAUCAUAAUCAGCAACGGACACUUACACAAUCAUUACUUUCAACCAUGAGCAAGAUGGAUGUGAUUGAAGCUGGACUUGUACAACGUUUGGAAAGAUGCAGAUUAUCGGAUACUGAAAAACCUAGCGACAUAGUAGCACAAUCAUUGGUAGAAGAACAUGUGCGGGCAUUGGAUGUUUCAUUUCAGCAGCAGGAAUAUUCUCCAACAAAUGAAAAAUCAACGAAAAAAGCACGACAUGCUCAGGUACAGACAAUUCCUGUUAUUAUUGAUGAUGAUUCCUCUCCAAUUUUGGAACAAAAUGUACAAUCAUCAACGACAUUGGAAAAAGAAACAACACAACAACAACAACAUACAACGGUGGAACAAUUGGAAAAACAAUUAGCUGAAGAAAAGAAACAUAGGCAACGAUUACAAGCAUCAUUAAAUGAUACAAGAGAUCAUUUUGAAGUACUUUCAGGAUUAGCUUAUAAAAAAUUACGGGAAAUAUGGGAAGAAAAAUUAAGAUGGGAAAAUGCUUGUAUGGAACUCAAUCAACAACUCUUAUUGGUACAACAACAACAACAACAGCAGCAACCAGAGCAACAACAUCAUCAACAAGCCAAUAGUGAUGAUCUGGUAUCAAUGGUGGACACGGAAAAUCAUCUCUCUUUAUCUGUAGUAUCAUAGUGUUUUUUAUUUAUUUAUUUAUUUAUUC